CCUACAAAGACUGACAGACUCCUUGUCGUUUUAGGUACAACUGGAGACGAAUUUAGUACAACUUGUAAUUCACACUUGCAAAAAGCAUAAAUGGAUUUUAAAGAUUCCUUUGCAAAACUAGCUGCUUUUAUCCCAGAAGAGGAACGGCCAGAUAUAAGACCAAUUAUGAAAGCAUUCAAAGAAGAAAUCAUGAAUCCAGCGAUUCGAGAGUGGGGAGAAUACCAAAUGCCACUGAUAGGGCAUCCGAAAUUGGUCGAUUUCGCUUACAAUGAUUGGAAGCCGUGGGAAAAUGACAUCGUUGUUUCGUCGUACCCGAAAACUGGCACUACGUGGCUACGAGAUGUAUGCAGACAUAUUAUAUACGAACACGACUCUUUAGAGUUUGAAUUUACAAAAGCGCUCGCCGGCCCACACGUUUAUCUGGAACUUGGAUCAGAAGUCAAAUAUGAUCUCUGGGAAAAAUUGCCAUGGAAGAGGCGCGUUUUAGGAACACAUAUGAGUGCUGAAAUGAUGAAUUUAAAGAGGUUGCGAAAUAGCGGCGUGAAGAUAAUCUACGUAAUGAGAAACCCAAAAGAUCAAAUGGUAUCAAUGUUUAAUAUGUCAAAAAACCUCCCGUUUCCACGAAAAAGCGAGCUAGUGCGAAGCGUCUUGCCAAGCGACUUUAACGACUACGUGCAAGCAGCGUUGGACGGAAAACAGAACAUGUUUGUAAAGAAAGGAGAAGGUUAUUUGGAUCAUAUCCUAUCAUGGUACGCACACCGAAACGACGAUAACGUUCUGCUCGUUCAGUACGAAGACAUGAAACAGAACCCAGCACCAGAAAUCUUAAAAGUUGCAAAAUUUCUUGGAGUUGACAUGUCAGAUGAACAAGCUGAUAAAAUCGCUGCACUGACUUCGUUUGAAGCAACAAAAGCAAGAAUGCAAAACUUAGCCUUGCUCAAAGACUUCUUCAACAAAGGCACUGUGGGGAAAUGGAAAGAUCACUUCACAGUAGCUUUAUCAGAAAGAGUGGACCAGCAAGUUGAAGAGAAAUUGGCAGGAACUGACAUUAAGUUUAAGUACACACUAUAAAAACCAAACAUAUCUUGCCCAAAACGUUUAUGCUUGUUCAAUUGUAAGAAAAAUUUUUGGUGUUUUCAAAUAUAAUACUGACUGCAUACCUGUCAUAAAACGAAAUGACAUAAUAAACAAAAGCACCUAUGA